AUGUCAUUGCAGGACGCAUACAAGAGGUUCCUUGGGUCGCCAAGUGCCGCUCCGCUCGCGGACGACGCGUCCCUACACUACAUCACAACCACCACCAGCAUUGUCGGCGCAUCCAACAUCACCAAGCACCUAUCUUCCCUUGCCAGCCAGGUGAAGAAGGAGAAGGAGACCGUUCUCUAUGCCAUCGAAGGCCAAGAUGCCAUCGCGCUAGAGGUCAACACGUCGCUUGAGUUUCUCAUCCAAGGAGGCCCCUAUCUCCCCGGCCUGGAAGACAACUAUGUCGCCGAUCGCAAGGUCAACUUUACUAUUUUCCACAUCGUAACGUUCAACAGCGACGGCAAGAUCACACAAAUCCGACAGAGCUGGGACCAAGGCUCGCUUCUUAAGCAAGUUGAGGUUAUUGGCAGGUCCGGUCGCAACUGGCCAAUUCGCGACAGCAAAGAUCAGAUCAGCCUGAUCAACAGAUGCAUCAAGGAAGGCGGAACUCCCGCUACCGAAAACCAGGGCUCCACGACCACCCGUCCCAAAGUUACCAACGCCAUGCGCGAUCCUCAUGCGUCGCUUUCUCUGUUCGCUUCUCGCGAAGAGGCCGCAAGCCCAUCAGAGCCUGUUGUCUCUCCAUAUGCUGGAAGCAGGCCUCGCCAACGGGGCUUGGAGGAGAUUAUUGGAGAUGGACCAGUUGAGGACCCUACCUCGCCCAGUACCGACCGCAGCCGCUCAAUGACUCCAGGCGCCGCGGCCAAGGCUGGCGCCUCGAAGCAUUUCCAGCCCAUCCGUCUCUUCGAGACUGACGAUAAUAUGCCUGAAAUUCCCGAUACACCCCAAUCGAUCUAUGCUGUUCAGCGCAAGGUGAAGCCAGAUCCGACAAAGUACAAGCACUUUGACUUUGCCGACGGUUCCGAUCCCGCCGACGCACCCCAGCCUGGUGUUCCCUUCGACAAGAAACCCAAGACCAAGCAUGACAGCCAGUGGUCUUUCGACGACUUCAACUCCCCUGAGAAGCCAGCCCCUACCCGGAAGGUUGUCAAGAGCUUCCUUAGCAGCGUUGACGACGAAGAGCACCAAGGCCCCUCGACUCCGCAAAACAGGGCGUCGCGUAAGCCGCGCCGUGAUGACGAGAAUCACUGGAAUGUUGGCAACGACGGUCCAUCUCCCGAGGUCCAGAAGAACAACCGCGGCGCUGGCACCAACGCAUCCUCUCACUUGUAUGAUGAUGACCUCAUGAAGGCUGACGGCAGUGCCCCAUCCCCGGUCCAGAGAAGCAACCGUGGCGCUGGAACGAACGCAGCCUCCCACUUGUAUGACGAUGAUCUCAUGAAGGCUGACGGUAGUGCGCCAUCCCCGGAUCAGAUCAACAAGCGCGGCGCUGGCUCAAAUGCAGGCUCCCACUUAUAUGACGACAACCUCAUUAAGGCUGAUGGUAGUGCGCCAUCACCUGCACCCCGUGCGCUGAGCAACAUCACCAACGCCAGGAACAGGGAGAAACACUUCGAGCCUCACUUUGACAUUACGGAUGAAUCUCCUCAGGCUGAGAAGAACGGUCGCUCCAAGGCCGCUGAGAAUCGUCAAGCGGCUCAGCGUGGAUUGGAAAGUCACUGGUCGAUGGAGAACGAGUCGCCCGUACAACCAAAAAAGAACUCGAACACCGGCAUCACUAUUGCAGGUGAUGGUAUGGGCAGCAGAAAGGGAUUCGAGGCUAGCACCGCUGCCAACAAGGGGAUCACCAUUGCCGGAGAUGGCAUGGGUGGCAAGAAGGGAACGGAGCGGAACUGGCUUACUUCUGAGGAGGACCCUCAGGAUCUGCACCUCCAAAACCGAAACCCUGGCAAGAAGCAGACCCUCAAGUCUGACAAUUUCUGGGACUUUUAA